AUGGCGCAUGCUGGCGCGGUCGGUCAGCCCCAACCGACCAGCCCCCAAGUCCCAGGACAGGCUGACGCCGCUGACAGUUGUAGAAUGGAAAAAAAAUUUGCUAAGAAAGAUGCUUCUACUCAUACUGCUUCUACUCAAGAGAGUCGGGUUGUGCAAAAAAGACCCCGCAUUGAGCUUGAUAUGAAUGAUAUAGUUGCAGAUCCAGGUCUUAGAAAGCCAAUUGAUGAAUUCCACCAUGAUAUUAGGGAUGAUGCUAGGAGAGCAUAUUUACAGAUGAGUCCAUAUCAACCAAAUUGUGAGUAUGAAAGAACAGCGGUGCUUCUUGCAAGAGAAAAGAUCAACUUCUCCAAAAACACCAUGAUACUCUUGUUCAAAGAAUUAGAUAGUGGUGAAAUAACUCUGGGAGAGGGAAAAACCAAGAAACUAGUCUUGCUAGGCACGGUGAUAUACGAUGGGGUACACAUCACAAAAAAAUUAGUACGUCUUAUGCUCAUGUGGGAACUCGUGCUUGAGGUGUUAGAGAAUAUUAGUGAUGAUGAAAGAUCAACUCAACUAUUGAGAUGUGUUGCUUGUCUUGAUCCGACAAAUGAGUUUGCCAACUUUGAGAUAGAGAAAUUAGUUGAGCUUGCUAAGAUUUAUUAUGCUGACUUUAGUGAUUAUGAAUGUGAAAAGCUAAGAACUGAGCUUGAAAAUUUCAUGGAUGAAGUCAAACAUGAUGAAGAAUUUUGCUCUUGUAUUGAUCUUGGUGGCCUUGCUGAGAAGAUGGUUAAAACUGAUAGACAUACAUAUUUUCCUUUGGUGUAUCGCCUCAUUGAGCUUGUAUUGAUAUUGCCCGUGGCAACAGCAACAGUUGAAAGAGCCUUCUCUGCUAUGAAUAUUAUCAAGACCGACAGGAGGAAUAAAAUGAAUGAUGAUUGGAUGAAUAAUAGCAUGAUAUGCUAUAUUGAGCGGGAUUUGUUUGCAUCCAUUGAAGAUGAUAAAAUUUUAAAGCGCUUUCAAGGCUUAAGAAACCGUAAGAUAAACUUGCCACCCAAGGUCCCAAGCACCCGUGCCCUCUACUCCCUUGCUAUCCACUUCGCCGGGGCCGUCUGUGGCCAUGGUCGUGGUGUCCUGAAGGAUGAGCAUGAGAGAGAGGAAAUGGGAAGAGGAAGACGAGAGGAAUUUGGUCCAAAUAUUCUGAUAAAUGCAUCGAAUGGAUAA